CCGUUCUUUGUUUAGUAUGGUUUGGUUUGGGCGGACCAGCAGAUGAUCCAAUAAACUUUAGGUUGGGUUUUGCAACAGCAGCUAUAUAAAGCUGUUCCUGCCUUUCUAGGUUAACCCGAAUAAAUUUGAAGAAAAGCACGCAUUUUAAUUUCUGAUUAUCAAGUGAUUGGGAAAAUAAUUCUGAUUAAUUUCUGAACCCUACUCCGCUCCACUCGCGCUGUCCGCCUCGCUUGCUGCCUCACUCGUGACUCAUCCUCAUUCCUCUGGCACCCUCAUUCGCGUUGGCCGUCGCCGCUCGUGCUGCUGGGCUUCUCGUUGUCGCCAUCGUCGUUUUCCUCAACACCUCACCACAGGUGUGUCUCUCGUUCUUACUCUCGCCGGCGUGAAGCUCUGUUCUUCAUUUCUUUUGGAAGCAUAUCUGGCGUGAAGCAAACAAAUGUGCAAACUUCUUUGCAGCUAUGCCCUCACCGUGCCUGUCGGUUUUCAUAUACUCCUCGACGACACACUCGACCUUCUCCGGCGAGUUAAAUCAUUUUGCAUUUAAUAACUAUGAGGGGAUCGCUACUCGGAAACUGUGCUGUUUAGGGUGUAGUGGUCUAAUGGAUCAUUUUUCACGAGCCUUGUGUAUUGGCAGGAUCUGAAAAGACCAGCUGGACCCGAUUCGGACUCAUCACAGAGUGCUCGUUGCAUGCGAGACCAUAGCAAGCAUUUAAUGCUAAGCGACCCGCCCUUGCGGACAUAUAAAUGCCCACAGACUGAAAAAUGGGCUAUCACGUGUCGCCCAUGCAAUGCUCUAAUUCCUUUAUCAAGAGCAAAAUGCUUCUAAAUCAAUUAAUUGAGGACCUCGCUCCCGGCUUUUGAAGUUAUUUCCUGCUUGCUUGUUUGGGUUUAUUGUUCUCUAGCACAAAAAAUGGCAAAUCUUCCUCUGUCAUUUUCAGUUCAAGCAUGCCUUCAGAAACCGAAGGUCAUUGAAGCAUCUCAGCUAAGUGAGUGUAAAGGUGGAAGUAGAUUGUCUAGAUUUGAGAAGUCAGAUACAGAGAGAAAGUUAGUUUGUAGAGCCCCACAAAGUAUAGUUAGUCCUUUUUACCAGAAUUUCACUACAAAAUUGUGUGCUACACCCCGAGUAUCCAUUGAGGGAAGUAAAAACCAAGUCACUACGUUUAGUGAAGCUGAAGAUUUAAGAAGAGCAUUGAGUUAUUUGUUUAGGACAGAAAAUGGUGGUCUGGUUAAAGUUCAUGUUAUCAAGAAAAAUGUCAAAUAUUCUGUGCAUGUUGAGGUCUCUUCCUUAGAAGUACAUGGUGAAGGACUGGUAUUGUGUUGGGGUGUGUACAGAGCCAAUUCAUCACGUUUUGAGGUUCCAGAUUUUAAAAGUUCAGCUACGGAUACAAAAACAGGGAUGAAUCUGAGCCCAUUCCAACAGUCAUUGUCAGGCAACUUUAAAAUUGAGUUGGAAUUUGAUGCAAAACAAGUUCCCUUUUAUUUCUCAUUUAUCCUAAGAUCAUCAUUCAAUACUGAGUCAAGUGCAUCUGAUGUUAGAAGUCAUAGAAAAACAAAUUUCUGUGUACCAGUCGGUUCUCUUCCAGGGCACCCAGCUCCUCUGGGUCUCUCUUUUUCUCCUGAUGGUUCUAUGAAUUUUGCUAUUUUCUCAAGGCAAGCAGAAGGCAUGGUUUUAUGCUUGUAUGAUGAUACCAAUCUUGAGAAACCUGCCUUACGGCUUGAUCUAGAUCAUUAUGUCAAUCGAUCCGGAGACAUAUGGCAUAUUGCAUUUGAAAGUGCUUGGACAUUUGUGAGCUAUGGUUAUCAUCGCAAAGGGGCUCUUGUUGAGCAAAACAAGGAUGAUAAUUUUAAUAAGCAUGUUCUUCUAGAUCCAUAUGCAAAAGUUAUUGGGAAUUCUUUUCCUAAUGGUUAUGAAUCGGGUUUAACUACAAAGUUUCUUGGAAGGUUGUGCAAGGAACCUGAUUUUGAUUGGGGUGAUGAUUUUCAUCCAAAUUUACCAUUUGAAAAACUAGUGGUCUAUAGAUUGAAUGUUGAGCUCUUUACUCAGCAUAAAUCUAGCCAACUGCCUACUGGUCUAGCUGGGACCUUUGCUGCUUUGGCCGAGAAGGUGCAGCAUUUUAAGGACCUUGGCGUUAAUGCAGUUCUUUUGGAGCCAAUCCUCUCGUUCGAUGAACAAAAAGGACCGUAUUUUCCUUGUCACUUCUUUUCCCCAAUGCAUAUUUUUGGACCGUCUGGUGGUCCCAUAUCUACAAUCAACUCUAUGAAAGAGAUGGUGAAAUAUUUGCAUGCUAAUGGGAUUGAAGUUCUUAUGGAAGUUGCUGUGACCCGUACUGCUGACGUGGGAGCACUGCAAGGAAUUGAUGACGUGUCCUACUAUUAUGCAAAUGGAGUUGGUGAUUCGAAGACUCAAAGUUCCCUGAACUGUAACUAUCCUGUAGUGCAACAAUUGAUUUUGGAUAGUCUUCGGCAUUGGGUUACUGAAUUUCACAUCGAUGGCUUCAGUUUCAUAAAUGCCUCACAUCUGUUAAGGGGGUUUCAUGGAGAACACUUGUCUCGACCUCCAUUGGUUGAAGCAAUUGCUUUUGAUCCAUUACUAUCCAAGACCAAGAUCAUCGCAGAUUGCUGGGAUCCAUAUGACAUGGUUGUUAGGCAAACUCGUUUUCCUCAUUGGAUGAGAUGGGCAGAAAUGAAUGCUAAUUUCUGUAAUGGUGUGAGGAAUUUUUUGAGAGGUGAAAGUCUUAUAAGCGACCUUGCAACUAGACUUUGUGGGAGUGGGGACUUGUUUUCUGACCGACGAGGCCCUGCAUUUUCUUUUAAUUACGUCUCCAGGAACUUUGGACUUUCCCUUGUCGAUUUGGUCAGCUUCAGCAGGGAGGAACUAGCUUCAGAAUUAAGUUGGAAUUGUGGAGAAGAAGGGCCUACUAAUGAUAAGUAUGUCCUUGAAAGAAGGCUUAAGCAAAUCCGUAAUUUCCUUUUCAUAUUGUUUGUGUCAUUAGGAGUGCCUGUUCUGAACAUGGGAGACGAAUGUGGUCUGUCUUGUGGGGGUUCUCCUGCAUAUGGAGACAGAAAGCCUUUAGAUUGGAGUGCUUUGAAUUCAGGUUUUGGUAAGCAAAUCUCGGAAUUCAUUUUGUUUCUGACUAGACUUAGAAAAAGGCGAAGCGAUAUUUUCCAGAGACGAAGCUUCUGGAAGGAAGAAAACAUACAAUGGCGGGGAAGUGAUCUAGCUCCACCAAAAUGGAAGGACCCAUCCUGCAAGUUUUUGGCCCUGACUUUGAGGGUUGAAAGAGGCUCGCUCCUAGUGAGCUCUGAAACUUCUAAUUUACCGGCAGGUGAUAUAUUUGUUGCUUUCAACGCAGCUGAUCAAUCAGAAACUGUGGUUUUGUCCCCACCGCCAGAGGGGAUGUCAUGGUGUCGUCUAGUUGAUACAUCUCUUCCAUUUCCUGGGUUUUUCUCAUUUAACGGCGAACCUGUUCCUGUCCCUGAGCAGCCCUCCGAGCUGUUUGCUUACGAAGUGAAGUCUCACAGCUGUAUUUUGCUUGAGGCAACCUAUCUCGAUAGCUAAAAAUUGUUUUGUUGAUUAAUAAGUUAAUGUUAUGACUCCUUUGUAAAUAGUCAAUAAUUUUUUUAAUGGUGAUUUCCCUGCAUUCAAGUGAUAACUCAUUGUCCUGUC